UAAUUAAGUUGGCAGCCCUAGUCCAUCUGAUUUGCACAUUUUGACAGUCCGACAGCACUAUGAAUUUUGUUGACUUCGGGUUGGGAAUUCUUCUUCUGAAUUCCUUUAACUAAAUUGGAUGAGAUGCAGCGCGAUACGGACUCUUCCGGCUCUCGCGCCCGCAAGGGCAACCGUCCACCGGGUCUCAGGGGCAAGGACAUCGGUUUGUACUAUCGCAAUCUUGCCCGGCAAAAAAAGAAGGACCGCGGCGAGGAUGCGGAAUCAAAGGAGCCGCAAAUCCGCUUGGGCUGCAAUGUCAGUGCUCCCGGUGGAGUGCUGGAGCGUGUGAAGGAGCUGAUGGAGGACUACAGGCGGGCACCGGCCAGGGAAGACAAAAAUGGGGAUGCUAAGUUUGAGCAACAGUUUCGCCACCUUUUGAGUGUAAACUUUGAAGAAUUCGUGGCGGAGACCAAGGAACGGAACGCGAAUCUGGACUGGAUAAACCCCAAGCUGGACGAGAGACUGCAGCUGGAACUGGAGCAACGCCAGUUGGAGGAGAAUGCCAAGAAACGUCUGGUAGCACGGAGAAAACUGCCCACUAUGAAAUACGCCGAUGAUAUUAUCCAGGCUGUGCGGGAAAACCAAGUAAUACUAAUUGUAGGAAGCACUGGAUGUGGCAAGACCACUCAGGUGCCUCAAAUCCUCCUCGACGACGCCAUUUCCCGCGGAUGUGCCUCGUCCUGUCGCAUCGUUUGCACUCAGCCACGAAGGAUUUCAGCCAUCGCCAUUGCCGAGUGGGUAAGUUACGAGCGCUGCGAGAGCCUGGGCAAUUCGGUAGGCUACCAGAUUCGCCUAGAGAGUAGGAAGGCCAGGGAGAGAGCCUCCAUCACGUACUGCACCACAGGGGUUCUACUGCAGCAGCUUCAAUCGGAUCCACUGAUGCACAGUCUAAGUGUCUUGAUCCUGGAUGAGAUCCACGAACGCAGCGUGGAAACAGAUCUCCUAAUGGGUCUUCUAAAGGUCAUCCUGCCACACAGACCCGAUCUAAAGGUGAUCCUGAUGAGUGCAACUGUACGGGAGCAGGAUUUCUGUGACUACUUUAACAACUGUCCCAUGUUCCGCAUCGAGGGCGUGAUGUUUCCCGUGAAGAUGCUCUACUUGGAGGAUAUUCUGUCCAAGACGAACUACGAGUUCCAAAAGUCCCGCGAUCGUCGCCCCAAGCGGGGUCCGCCUGAGCGCAGGAUGAAGCACGAGGCUAUGAUAGAACCGUAUCUGCGCCGCAUCAGGAACUCGUACGAUAAUCGUGUGCUCGACAAGCUGCGUUUGCCGGAGUCGGAGGGCUGCGAGGACAUUGAUUUUAUAGCCGAUUUGGUUUACUACAUAUGCGAAAAUGAACCAGAGGGUGCCAUAUUAGUAUUCCUGCCUGGUUAUGAUAAGAUCUCCCAACUGUACAAUAUCCUGGAUAAACCAAAGACUCCGAAGGGCCAAAGGUGGCGGGAUCAUAUGGCCGUGUUUCCAUUGCAUUCCCUAAUGCAAUCAGGGGAACAGCAGGCAGUAUUCAGGCGACCACCGGCGGGCCAGCGCAAGGUCAUAAUCUCUACAAUUAUCGCCGAAACGUCGGUGACCAUUGACGAUGUGGUUUAUGUGAUAAACUCUGGCCGGACGAAGGCCACCAACUAUGACAUCGAAACGAACAUACAGUCGCUGGAUGAGGUUUGGGUGACCAAGGCAAAUACCCAGCAGCGGAAAGGCAGAGCAGGUCGAGUACGGCCGGGCACAUGCUAUAAUCUGUUCUCCCGCGCUAGAGAGGAUCUCAUGGACGAUAUUCCGACGCCAGAGAUACUGCGCUCCAAGCUGGAAUCCAUAAUUUUAAGCCUCAAGCUGCUGCACAUCGGUGAUCCGUAUCGGUUCCUGCAAACUCUUAUUAAUGCCCCCAAUCCCGAGGCCAUCAAGAUCGGAGUGGAACUGCUGAAGCGCAUCGAGGCGUUGGACCAGACGGGUACCCUCACUCCACUGGGCAUGCACUUGGCAAAGCUGCCCAUUGAUCCGCAGAUGGGAAAAAUGAUCCUGAUGUCGGCGCUCUUCUGUUGCUUGGAUCCCAUCACUUCGGCGGCGGCUGCCUUGUCCUUUAAGUCCCCCUUCUACUCGCCCUUGGGUAAAGAGAGUCGAGUGGAUGAAAUCAAGCGGAGAAUGGCCCGAAACAUGCGGAGCGAUCACCUGCUGGUGCACAAUACCAUUAUUGCGUACCGCGAUAGCCGCUAUUCGCACGCCGAACGAGACUUCUGCUAUAAUAAUUUCCUCAGCUCCAUGACACUGCAGCAGUUGGAGAGGAUGAAGAAUCAGUUCAGUGAGCUGCUCUACAACUACAAAUUUCUUGCAUCCCCCAAAUGCCAGGAUGCUGCAUCCAACAAGAGUUCUGAGAAGAUUCCCCUACUGAGGGCCAUUAUAGGAGCGGGACUCUAUCCCAACAUGGCUCACUUGCGAAAGUCACGGCAGAUCAGGAAUAGAGUACGCGCUAUCCACACCAUGGCAACGGACGAUGGACGCCGCGUUAACUUCCAUCCCUCGUCGGUGAACAGCGGAGAGAGUGGUUUCGACUCGGCAUACUUUGUCUACUUUCAGCGGCAGAAGUCCACUGAUCUUUUCCUGCUAGACUCCACAAUGGUUUUUCCCAUGGCACUGAUCAUUUUCGGAGAUGGAGUGGAAGCGGGAGUGACCCAAAAUACGGCGUAUCUGUGCGUGGCCAAGACAUACUACUUUAAAUGCAAUCAGGAAACUGCCGACGUAGUCAUUGAAUUAAGAAGCUAUUUGGAGAAGCUUCUGCUCAAAAAGGCUUGCUAUCCGGCGCCGAUCGAGGAGAACGGAUAUGAGAAGCAGUUGAUCAAAGCCAUUGAAUUGCUUCUCUCGCUGGACGAAAGACUCGGCGAGGAAUAUAUUUCAUCCGAUGAAAUCGAUGACAUCUAAUCUGUCUCCUUAGCUUGGUGUUGUAGUUUAUUGUUAGCAAAACAUUAUAUAGCGUAAUAAUAAAUUAUAGGUGCAAACUAGUGAUGCAGUAACAAAAUCGCUUGGUAAA